AUGGCGUUAUUCAAUAAUUCGUUCUCUAGGACCUACCAUCGUUUAUUCACAGAAUUGGCCGAUCAGAGAACAAACCAUUGGCCCUUGAUAUCCGAUCCGAUGCCAGGCCUUACCAUCAUUGGCCUUUACCUUUACUUCUCACUGAAAUGGGGCCCCAGAUACAUGGAAGACAAGAAACCAUUCCAACUGCAAAAAACACUUAUCGUAUAUAAUUUCAUUCAAGUUCUUGUCAGUUGUUUUUUAUUCCAUGAGGGUCUUGAUGCGGGUUGGUUGAGGAGUUAUAGUUGGAAAUGUCAACCGGUUGACCCCUCAAAUUCACCAGAAGCCAUGAGAGUGGCAAGAGGUGUCUACAUCUACUUCUUAGCGAAGAUUUCCGAACUGCUUGAUACGAUUUUCUUCGUUAUCAGGAAAAAGGAUCGGCAGAUCACUUUUCUGCACUUGUACCAUCAUACAGUGAUGCCCAUGAUAUCCUGGGGAGCUACCAAAUAUUUCCCUGGAGGCCACGGUACUCUUAUCGGAGUGAUGAACUCUUUUGUGCAUAUUGUUAUGUACACAUACUAUAUGUUCUCCGCCAUGGGACCCAAAUACCAAAAGUAUCUAUUUUGGAAAAAGUAUAUCACCACGCUGCAAAUGCUUCAGUUCUGUAUCGCCUUCCUACACUCAUCCCAGCUGCUCUUCUACGAUUGCGGUUACCCCCGCUGGUCCGUUGUAUUCACGCUCCCCAAUUCUAUCUUUUUCUACUACCUCUUCUAUGACUUUUACUAUAAGGCCUAUGGUAAACCUGGUGAUAGGAAAGCCAAAACAGAAGAAAAAAUAACCAAUGGCAAUGUAAAUGGCAACGCUAAUGGCAUUGCUAAUGGUAGCGAUAAUGGCAAUAUGGAAGGCAAUGAAGUAUCCAAUGGAAAGGUUAAAAAUAAAAAGGAUGAAUAA